AUGGAGGUUCGCAGCCAACGAACUACAACUUGGAGGACCUCGACGAUGAGUCUUCGGCGUACCUCAACAGACUCUUCUCUAAUAGGUACAAGCAGUGGAAGAGCAACUUGCACCACUAUUUUGAGGCUUUUGAGGAUCCGGAAGUUGCUGUUCAAGAGGGUUGCCCAAAGGAGCUUGAGGGGCGGGAGGAUAGUUGGGCUCUGCGCUCAUUUUCAAGCGCUCGAUUUUGUGAAUAAAGCCAAAGUCAAUGAGGGCAAUAGGAAGAAGAAGACUAUUCUCCACCAUUCAGAUUCCAUGCCCUUCUCUUAUAGGAUGGAUGCACGGCGCCGGGGGGGGUCCAAAUUCCCAAAGAUCGACGUCUUUGGCGACGUUUAUGUUCGGCCUGGGAAUGAGUUGGCCGAGUCCCUUCAUACGACGAUGGUGGAGAUGAGCCAAUUGGUUCUUCAGGAGUCCGCCUCCCAGCUUCCUCCUGAGACUCCAAUCGAGUCUGUGGAUCCUCCAGAGGAUGCUGGGUUUCAGAUCCUGACGGAGACGUUGGAUCAGACUCUCGGGAGGAGGCCGGGGACAUAUUGUCGAGGGAUGGGGAAUGCCCGGCAGAGGGAACCCAGACCCCGUCCAGCAGUGCAGUCAAGUCAGGUAACUGCUUUGACUGCACAGGUGGCCACGCUUCAGAGUCAGAUGUCGGUGAUUCUGGAGUCCCUCGCACGGUCCGGCAUUCCAAUCCCGCAGUUUCAUACGUCGACCUCCGAGCCUGUCCACCCAGAGCAUCCGCAGUAG